CAUUAUUUUGCCACCAUGUGAUUUUACCUUUUUAGGCUCUCCGCAACGGCUAGUUCCUAGUGACCGUUUCCCGUCUCCCCAAAUUCAAAAUCUGAAAUCGACCUCUAACCCACCAUCAGCUUCACAGUGUGUUUCACUAUACAAAAAACAACACCCACAAGCCAAAAUCAAAAUCACAGCUCUGGCAAUUUGCAGAAACAUUCGAUCUCGCUUCAACCCAUUUGGCAAUUCAAAUCAAGAUCCCAGAAUUUCAAGAAUGGUGUAUUCAUACGCACCCACAUACUACUCUACUCUCCAUGACUCGGUGACCAACUUAUGCAAGACCAUUCUUCCUUUCAGCUUCAAGAAACGGCGUUUGCCGGCUGCAGAGCACAAGCUUUCAAAGCUGCAAUCAGACAAUCUCAAAUGGCAGCAAGACUCUUUCCACCAGAUGUUAAAUUUGAUGGGUCUUCAUAAAGAAGGCAUUUUGGCUGAGACUGAGGUCUCAGCUUUCCGCUCGCAUUUGCUUGACACCCUAAUUGCCUCUCCCACUGAGCGUGAACAACCGGCUAUAUUGAGAGAUAAGUUGCUAUUCUUGCAGGAACUCUUGUAUGCAAAAUGCAUAUCUGAAGAUGAGUACCAUUCUUCGAAGAGGCCAUUGCUGCAACGAUUAGCAGUACAGGGAGCUGAGAUUGAGGCCAGAGAUGUAAUUGUUGCAGGGCUACCACCAAAGGACCCAAAGGAGAAUACAGAUCAAGAGCAGUGGUCUGUCAUUGACUUAAAGGAUGAGAAAUGCUUGCUAAACAAAGACAAAGAUAAGUCGAAUUCGAAGAACAAAUCGAAGCAUGGCUCUGCAAUGAAGCAAAUUAAAGGAGCAGCUUCAGUUUUGGGCUUUGUAUCACCGUACAAACAGGGGAAAAGCAGAGAAGAAAGAAGCAUAUUCGAUUUGCCCGAGUCGUCGAAAGUCUCUUCCUCUAGCUCUUCGAAGCAUGAAUUAGGAUAUCAUUACAAAGAAAAUGAGGCAAGGUCGAUUCUCAUGCCAGAAAGCUUGCCACAGGAGCCGGUGAAAGAAAGUGGCAGCUCAGAUAGAACAAGGAGGAAACCCUUUAAGAAUCUGUUUCAGAGAGAGGGACAUGGUGUUGGAGGUGGAGGUGGUGAUCAGGGUCAUGAAAAUGAACAAACACCUUCCAAAUCAGCCAAAAAGCAAUGGGGUUUUGAUGGAUUCAAGAAAUGGAAGAGAAGUGACUCGGAGGAUGAGACAACUCCUUUGCCUCUUAAUGAAAGAUCGGAUAGUGAGGUUCACUUGAAGCUUGUCUCAAGCCCCAUGGGUGAAGGGCCGGACACUAAGCUUAUAAAAAGGAAGCUGCUUUCAGAUGGUUCUCCUUCUGAUUUCUUCAUUGAUAAGGUUUUAGGGGAGAAGAUAAAAAAGGAGCUGUCAAGAAUUCAGACAGAGCUUUGCACUUCAAAUCCAAAUCUUAAAUUUUCGAAUGACCAAAUUGAAGCGAUUUCCACCAAGCUUCCCGUGGACAAGGCAGACCUGAAGAAGUUCUUUCCCAAGUCAUGGUGUGAUCGGUAUGGAGAUGUUGUUUUGGAUGUGGUGAAAAAAGAAUUCAAGGACCAUGUUGGGGAGAUGGAGAGCUUGAGAAAUGCUGCCAGAGAGAAACAUGGCAUGAACUCAGCUCGAUGGACGACAUUCCAAGACGACGAGGAGAAUUGUCACCCGAAUCUCUUUGCUCCCGGAGAUCAUCCACACAAUACUUCAAAGUUCCAUGAAACCAAUCCUUUCUGUGAUGAUCACACUCCUAGUGAUGGAAGGAAGCUGAGAUCUAAACCAGCUUUUACCCAAGACCACCAGAAUCCCUUUUGGAUCCCAGGGCAUGGCUAUUGAUGAGGACAGACAUAUAUUUUGGGUUUAAUCCCUUUUAUAAGAGUAUUGGUAUUAUCAGUUUAUUGGUGUAUUUAUUUUGAUUGUCAAAUUGCUGAAUGUGUAUGAACUUUGAGAGAAGAU